UUGUAAUUUAAAUUCAUAAUCACUAUUUAACACUUUUAUCUUAGACUUAUUUACAAAUAUUCGUGAACUCUAACCUUACUCUAAAAGAUGUAUAUUUUAUCUUCUUUAUUCUUAUCAAUAAGUUUCAAUAUUCAAAAAGUGUAAAUUAGAAGUACUAAACUAUAGUAUAACUUGGUAUAAUGUCAGGCAAAGAAGCACAAAAUGAUCAACAUCUUAAAGAUGGAAUUAUUGAUUUCACAGCUGGAUCUUUGGGUUGGAGGAGUAGCAUUAGUUUAUGUAGGUCAACCACUUGACACUGUAAAAGUAAAAAUGCAAACAUUUCCGCAUUUAUAUACAAAUAUGGUAAAUUGUUUCAUGAAGACAUUAAAAAAUGACGGUGUUUAUAGGGGUUUAUAUGCUGGCACAGUACCAGCUCUUGCGACAAAUGUAGCAGAAAAUUCAGUAUUAUUUCUGUGUUAUGGAUUUUGUCAAAAAAUAAUGCAAAGGGUUACUCGUGUGGACAGUACCGAAAAUUUAAGUAUUUUGAGUAAUGCAACGGCAGGAUUUUUAGCAUCAUUUUUUUCAUCUCUGGCAAUUUGCCCCACAGAGUUGAUAAAAUGUAAACUUCAAGCCAUGCAUGAGACAAAAAAGCAGCAUGAAGCGUUGGGGAAGAAGUUCGAAACAGUCGGUCCUUUUAAGUUAACGGCCCAAAUUUUUAGGAAUGAAGGUUUUGUAGGGUUAUUUAGAGGCCUAGUUCCUACCCUAGUGAGAGAAAUGCCGGGAUAUUUUUGUUUCUUUGGAGGAUACGAAGGAACAAGGGAACUGUUGACCAGACCGGGCCAAAAAAAGGAAGACUUGGGGCUCUUCAAAACCAUGUUAGCGGGAGCAGUAGGAGGUGCCGUAUUUUGGACUGCUACAUAUCCCGCGGAUGUGGCAAAGUCUCGUAUACAAGUUAACAGCCUAGAAGAAAAUAUGUUUAUAACUAUUUUAAAUAUAACUAGACACGAGGGGAUUGGAGCUUUAUAUAAUGGGUUGGCUCCUACUUUAUUAAGAACAAUUCCAGCUACAGCUACACUAUUUGUUACUUAUGAAUAUUCCAAAAGAUGGAUGCACUAUGUUUUUAAGGACAAAUGACAAUUUGUUAUAGUUUUUAUAAUUGUUGUUGCAUUUAUUAUAAUAAAUUAUAGGGUAUUCAA